AUGCUCAAAACACAGUCUAAAUCCAGGCUUGUUGGCCCAAACUGUCCCGGAAUCAUCUCUGCCAUCGGGAAAUGCAGAAUUGGGUUCCAGCCUCUUCCAUGCUUUGCACCGGGCAAUGUAGGCAUAGUAGCUAAAUCAGGCACGCUUGGUUAUGAGACUGUUGCAUCUACGACGAGAGCCGGGCUGGGACAGAGUUUGUGUAUAGGCAUGGGCGGUGAUGUGCUUGCCGGUACCGACUUUGUGGAUGCGCUAAAGGUGUUUGAACACGACGAUGAUACCCAUGGUAUUAUCAUUGUGGGCGAGAUAGGUGGUGAGGCGGAAAUGGAAGCUGCAGAGUGGAUCAAGGGGUAUAGGAGGAGGACUUCAGAAGCGAAACCAAUUAUGGCGCUGAUUGGCGGUAUCGAAGCCCCUCCCGGACGAGUGAUGGGCCAUGCGGGUGCCUGGACAGCAGAAGGUGAACCGGAUGCCAGAACCAAGAUACAGGCAUUGCAGUCUGCGGGGGUGAUCAUGGUCGAUCAUCCGGAGAAGUUUGGUGAAGGUAUGAAGGCAUUGCUGGCUGGUGCUGGUAGGAGAUCCAAACCGAUAAGCCGACCAUCUAAGCCAGCAAGGUUUCCUCAAAGGAGGAUGCUAUACAUCAAAUCCUCUGAUGCAUUCUGGCUUCUUAAAGAACAAGACAUCUCGGUCGUCGAGUCAAAAGGCCCAGCUAAUUUCGCUCUUGCCAUCGCUAUAGACCGUAAAACGUGCGGUCCCUGCGUAACUGUAAGCAAGGGCACAGAUGGCAACAUCCGCAAGUUCCCAUUCAACUAUCGUGCACGAAAUUUCGACAUUGCAUCUGUCAAAGAUACUCUUGGUCUCACUAAAUAUCAUCCCAUGGCCACUGAGUCCUUGGAGAAACUUCUGCACGGGUUGAUGAACAUCUUUGUGACAAAGGAGGCAUUUCUGCUCGAGGUGAAAGCUGGUAUAGCUCCCGAUGCAAAGGACAUACAGAUCAUUGAUGCGCGAUUCGGGUUCGACGACGCUGCGUACCGUAGCUCAGGACGACAGGGCGAUAUCCAUGUCCUGCGAAAUAAAGCUGAGGAGGUUCCUGCUGAAGUUGAAGCAGAAAAGGACGGGAUAGUGUAUAUCACGCUUCCAGGAGAAGGUCGUAUAGGGACCCUUGUAAACGGUGCUGGCCUGGCGAUGAACACCGUCGAUGCCCUCACCCUCCACGGCGGAAGCUGCGCUAAUUUCCUCGAUACCGGCGGCAAAGCUACUGCAGAAACUGUCAAGUCGUCCUUCCGAGUCAUCCUAUCUGAUCCGCGAGUAAAGGGCAUCUUUGUCAACAUCUUUGGCGGUCUUACCAAGUGUGAUAUGAUUGCUGAGGGUAUCAUGAUGGCCUUCCGUGACCUGGGUAUGAAAGUCCCAGUGGUAGUUAGACUAAGAGGAACAAACGAGGAACUCGGCCAAAAGAUGAUAGCGGAGAGCGGGUUGCCUCUCCACGCCUUUGACUCUUUCGAGCAAGCUGCAAAGAAGGUCAUCAGCCUGUCAAAGUAA